AUGAGGUUCUGGUUGGUGUCACAACAAUUGGCACUCCUCAUAAUAAUCAUUACUACUAAUGCUCUUAAUAAUAACGAGACUGAUCAUGCUGCACUAUUGGCUAUGAAGUCCAAGAUUCUGGACCCUUUUGGUGGGGAGGCUUUGAGUUCAUGGAAUGAGUCUUUCCAUUUCUGCAAUUGGGAAGGUGUCAUGUGCAGUAAAAGGCACAAAAGGGUCACUCUCAUUGAUCUAAGCUCUUUGUCUUUGUCGGGCACCUUGUCUCCUCAUGUAGGAAAUCUCACCUUUCUUAGACAACUGUUGCUAAUCAACAAUACUUUCCAUGGAGAAAUCCCAAAUGAAAUAGGUGACUUGUACAUGCUGGAAGUAUUGGCCCUCGAAAGAAACAGUUUCCAGGGAAGGAUCCCGGUAAGCCUUUCGCGCUGCUAUAACCUCAAGCAUCUAUUGAUUGGGUUCAAUAAUCUGGUGGGAACCAUCCCUGAAGAAUUUAGCUCCUUGUCCAUGCUCAAGAGGAUCUACAUACAUGUAAACGUUUUAACUGGAGGAAUUCCAAAAUCUGUGGGCAAUAUCACUUCUCUUGAGGUCUUCUCUGCAGGAGCUAAUCACUUUGGUGGAACUAUUCCAAAUAAUUUGGGGCAAUUAAAGAACCUUGUAGAACUUGGAUUGGGUGGUAAUCAGAUAUCUGGUAUGAUCCCUUCAUCAUUAUAUAACCUCUCCAACUUGAAUAUUUUAUCUUUACCCAUGAAUGAUCUUAAUGGGAGUCUUCCCCCAUACUUUGGCAACAUGUUCCCUCAUUUGGAAUGGCUUCAACUUCAUUAUAACAACUUUACAGGACAACUUCCAAAUUCAAUAGGGAAUCUUACCAAAGCCAUGAGGCUAGCUUUUGAACGUAACAACUUCAGUGGGAAACUGACAGUUGAUUUCAGUAAACUAGUGAAUCUUGUGCGUCUUACUUUACAUUUUAACAACUUUGGGAGUGGGGAUUUUGACGAAAUGCAUUUCCUUGAGUCCCUUACUAAUUGCAGCGAUUUGGGCGUGUUAGGCACAGAUAACAACCAGUUUAGAGGAGUGCUUCCUGAUUUUGUAGGGAAUCUAUCAUCAAAUAUGCGGUUCUUCACACUAGGUGAAAACCAACUGCAAGGCAGGAUUCCUCCAACAAUUGGAAACCUUGUUAACUUGUCUAUUUUAGACUUGGAAAGUAACCAUUUCACUGGGCCGAUACCUAGUACAAUAGGAAAACUUCAAAAGUUGCAGAGAUUUUUCCUUAGUGGAAAUCAGCUUUCGGGUGCAAUUCCUGAAUCAAUUGGGAAUCUUUCUUUGGUGAAUGAACUUUAUUUGAGUUACAAUAACUUAGAGGGGACUAUACCUUUCAGCAUUGGCAAUUGCCAAAGAUUAAUAUCAUUACUUCUUGAACAAAACAACCUGAGUGGAACCAUUCCCAAAGAACUGUUCCAAGUUUCAUCUCUUUCAAUUUUGCUCAACUUAUCUCACAAUCGUCUGUCCGGCUCACUUCCUUUAGAGAUUGGAGAUCUCAAAAGUUUGGUCGUGUUAGAUAUAUCAAACAAUAAUGACUUGUCUGGUGAGAUCCCUAGUAGUAUAAGCAGCUGUACCAGCCUCCAAUUCCUAUUCCUGCAAGGAAACAUGCUCCAAGGAUCUAUUCCCAAGACAAUGGAAUUCUUGAGAGGUCUUCAAAUCCUUGACCUGUCGAGAAAUAAUCUAUCAGGACAAAUCCCAGCUUUCUUGGAGAAACUUUCCUUGAUCAACCUUAACUUGUCCUUCAAUGAUUUCAAUGGAGAAUUACCUUCACAAGGGGUUUUUGCAAACUCAAGUGCAGUAUCCGUUUAUGGGAAUAAUAGGCUAUGCGGCGGAAUACCUUCUCUAGAACUUCCAAGAUGUCCCACCAAGAAACUGAAUCGUAACUUCUUCUCAUCCAAACGCAUCUUUGUAAUUGUUGCUUCAAUACUAGGAAUACUAAUCCUAUUUUCAAGCUUGGUGUUUUACUUGUGGAAAAGGAACAGGAGGGAAAGGCAAUCCACCACUUUGGAAUUGUUGCCCAAGGAGUCUUUCGUGCAAGUCUCCUACGAUGAGCUCUUCAAAGCAACGGAUGGGUUCUCUUCGAGCAAUUUGAUUGGUGCUGGCAGUUUCGGCUUCGUCUACAAAGGUGUUCUUGAUCAGAUUGGAGAUGUUGCGAUCAAAGUUCUUAACCUUGUUAACCGAGGUGCGACAAAAAGCUUCAUGGCAGAAUGUAAAGUGUUAAAGAACAUGAGACACCGGAACCUCAUCAAGAUCAUAACUUGUUGCUCAAGCAUUGAUUUUCAAGGUAAGGAAUUCAAGGCUCUUGUUUACGAACUCAUGUUGAAUGGGAAUCUCGAGAAAUGGCUACAUCCAUAUCAAGUAACUAGCAGACUUGAGCUCAAUCUACUGCAUCGUUUAAGGGUUGCAAUUGAUGUGGCUUCUGCACUGGAUUACCUUCAUUAUCAAUGUGAAACCCAAGUUAUUCAUUGUGAUUUGAAGCCAAGUAACAUUCUCCUUGACCAACAAAUGGUUGCACAUGUUGGAGAUUUUGGACUAGCCAGACUUUAUAAUCCAGAUAUGGGUAUUUCCCAUCACAGUAGUUCAAUGGGAGUGAUAGGCACAGUCGGAUAUGCAGCACCAGGUAAGUUAGUCGUUAACCUAACAAAUCCUGUUUAUUUUGUUGGUCUAAUUUAUUUCCCUUUUAACUAUAAUAGCGAUGUUUACAGUUACGGGAUUCUGUUGCUUGAAAUGUUAACCGGAAAGAGGCCUACUGAUUUGAUGUUUGCGGGUGGUCUUAACAUUCGUAAUUUUGCGGGUCAAAUCUUGACAGGAAACGCAAUUGAGAUUGUCAUUGAUCCUACAAUUUUAAAAAGUGACAUUGUUAUUGAUCAAAGAGAUGGUUGUCUAAUCGCUUUGGUAAAGAUUGGUUUAGCUUGUUCGGAAGAACUGCCCCAAAAUAGGAUGAGUAUGACAGAUGUUGUAAGGGAGCUACAACUGAUUAAGGAAACCAUGUUCUAA